AUGAGAACAUUAUGUGAGGUUGACUGGCCCUCGCAACAAACUAACUGGCCCUCGGAGGGGAGCUUCGAUUUGCAACUAAUCAACCCACUGUAUCGAAAUAUCUUGAACGUCCACCCAGACCAGAUCCCCUACAUUUCUACUUGGAAAACCAAUGUAGAAAAGAACCCAUCGUGGUUGAAAGCCUGCCGAGGCGACGCCCACAAAGUACAGUUUGUGCAGUUCGACCGACAGGGAAGUCAGAAAAGCCCCCAGUGAUACCAGACCCAGAAGAAGAGGAGGGGGAGUCAUUAAACCACCUCCACCCUAUGCUCCACCAACUGCCCCUCCCCUGGACCCAGGCCCCCAGGCACCGGGAGGAGCUAGCCCCCAGCCUGAACCCCCCAAGGCUAAUGAAUCAGAAGAAGAAGAAGACGAUGAUGAGGAAUUUGUAAAGGGAUUGGUUGAGUUAGCAAAGAAGGGAAGAGAGUGGACUCAGUAUCAGUCUUUGAGAUUGCAACAGUAUGUACAACCCUAUGCAGAAGAAGUGGAUGUUAGCCCCCACGUGUUGGCUGCAGCAGGAUGCUCCUCAACACAAGGGAAGAAAUGGCAGAGGGAAUGGAUAGAAGCAGCAACCAGGGCAGCCUUCCAUAAGUCCCAUGAGGCACAGAAAAAGGGUGGGGUCGGAGUAAUGCCCCUCCGAAGGGUUUAUGACCCACCAGGACCUCCAGGGACUAAUGGAGCAGCAGCAGAACGGACCUAUACGGUCCAGCAUAUACCCUUUUCAAGUGCAGAUGUCUGUAACUGGAGAAAUCAAAACCCAUCUUUUGAGGAAAACCCAGCGAAGAUCAUAAAGCUGUUUGAAGGGAUUUUUAAAACUUAUAAUCCCACCUUUGAUGAUGUGCAGUAUUUGAUGGAUGCGCUGCUAACCACAGAAGAAACUAGGCGAAUCCAUGCUGAAGCCCGAGCACACCUGAGAGCGCAGGGAGUGCAGGAUCCAGCUAUGGCAGCAGGAUAUCCAGAAAACACCCCGAAUUGGAAUUAUCAGACUGUUGAUGGCCAGAACAUCCUCACUACCUACCGCCAGAAUGUGUUAAAUGGUAUGAGAAGGGCAGCUAGGAAACCCACCAACUUUGUGAAGGUUAGAGAGGUAGUGCAGGGGAAUGAAGAGGCCCCAGGAGCAUAUUUAGAACGCCUGAAGGAAGCCUACCGCCAGUAUACUCCUGUGGACCCAGAUGAGGCUGCCAACGCCCCUAUCAUAAAAGCUGCCUUUGUGGCCCAAGCGGCGCCCGAUGUCCGCCGAAAGAUUCAAAACACGAGGGGUUCAUGGGCCACACCCUUGAGUGGAUGUUAG